AUGCACUUUGAUCCUAGUCCACAAGGCUCAUACUCGCAGCAAGUAGGCAAGAUGGCGGAACAAAACCAACAGCAACAGCAGCAGGAGGAGGUGCCUGAUCACCCUCAGUUCAGACAACCGAGGAAGGAUGAAGACGAGGGACCGGUCACACUAGGCGACGGGACUGUAUUGCAAGAGAGCGAUAAGCCGAGGAAUCCAAAGAAGAAGAUGUGGGAGGAAGAUGUGGAGAGUGCGAAGCGUGAUGAGGCGCAGGCGCAGGAGACACCAGCACAGGAGGGCAGUGGACAAAGGAGAAAGAGAGAUGAGCUAUGA